UCAUCUCCACCCCAGGAAGGUCUCCUGCCCCACGGUGAAGCCACCUGCCCCAUGGAGGAUCCCGUGAUCCGCAUCCCCCCCUACCACUAUGUCCAUGUGCUGGACCUCAACAGCAAUGUCACCCGCGUGGAGGUCGGGCCCCACACCUACAUCCGACAGGAUCAUGAGAGGGUGGUGUUUGCCCCCCGGGCCAUGGUGCUGGUGCCUCCCCGGCACUACUGCCUGGUGCUGAACCCGGUGGAGCGGGGCCCGGGGGGGGCGGCGCUGCUGGACGGGUCUGGCCAGGCCCGGCUGCGCCACGGCGACCUGGACAUACGCCUGGCCCAGGAGCCCUUCCCACUCUACCCUGGCGAGGAGAUCCAGCAGGGUGUCACGCCCCUGCGGGCGGUGCUGGCGGACACAGCCCUGCGCCUGCGGGCCCUGCUCGACUUCCAGGACCGGGACGGGAACAAGUUCGUGGCGGGAGAUGAGUGGCUCUUCGAGGGUCCUGGCACCUACAUCCCCCGCAAGGAGGUGGAGGUGGCAGAGACCCUUCAGGCCACGGUCAUUGGGCACAACCAGGCGAUCCGGCUGCGCGCGCGCAAGGAGUGUCUGGACCGUUCAGGCACCCGCCGGGUGACAGGGGAGGAGUGGCUGGUGAAGCAGGUGGGCGCCUACCUGCCUGGGGUCUACGAGGAGGUGGUGGAUGUGGUGGACGCCUACAUCCUCACCGACAAGAAGGCCCUGCACCUCCGGGCCACGAGGACCUUUGAGGACGAGCAGGGCCGGGUGCGGCGCACGGGCGAGGAGUGGCUGGUGACGCAGGCGCAGAGUGAGGCCUACAUCCCUGAGGUCUUUGAGGAGGUGGUGGCUGAGGUGACGGUGACCACGCUGGGCCCCCGGCAGUAUUGCGUCGUCCUCGACCCCGUGGGGCCCAACGGGCAGCCCCAGCUGGGCCAGCAGCGCGUCAUCAAGGGGGAGAAGUCCUUCUUCCUGCAGCCAGGUGAGCGCCUCCAGGCUGGCAUCGAGGAUGUCUACGUGCUCUCUGAGGAUGAGGGGCUGCUGCUCCAGGCCCUCCAGACCAUCAAGGACACUGAUGAGAAGGGGACAGAGGUGACACGGCGGGCAGGGGACCGCUGGCUGGCCCGGGGACCCCUGGAGUACGUGCCCCCCGCCGAGGUGAGGGUCCUGGAGCGGCGCCGGGCGGUGGCCCUGGGGGACAACGAGGGCAUCUACGUGCGGGACAUCCGCACCGGCAAGGUACGGGUGGUGACUGGCCAGACCUACAUGCUGACGGAGUCAGAGGAGCUGUGGGAGAAGGAGCUACCCCCCGGGGUGGAGGCUCUGCUGGCUGAGGCCCGUGGGGACCCCCACAGGGUGGACGCGGGGCUCCAGGGCUCCUCCAGCCCCCACGUUGGGCCCCCCCAGCGCGACCGCACCCGCGCCGUCACCUACCAGGUGCCCCACAAUGCAGCUGUGCAGGUCUACGACUACCGGGAGCGACGGGCACGGGUGGUGCUGGGCCCCGAGCUGGUGAUGCUGGGCCCUGGGGAGCAGCUGACAGUCCUGUCCCUCUCAGCUGGGCGCCCCAAGCGCCCCCACGCCCGCCGCAGCCUCUGCUUGCGCCUGGGCCCCGACUUCUGCGCCGACAUCGUCACCAUCGAGACUGCAGAUCACGCGCGGCUGCAGCUGCAGCUGGCCUACAACUGGCAUUUCGAGGUCCCUGAGGACCCCCAGGCCCUGGGGCGUCUCUUCAGCGUCCCGGACUUCGUGGGUGACGCCUGCAAGGCCCUGGCUUCCCGCGUGCGCGGCGCCGUGGCCGCUGUCACCUUUGAUGACUUUCACAAGAACUCCAACCGUCUCAUCUGCUCGGCUGUCUUUGGCUUCGACGAGGGCGGGCGGCUGUGGGAGCAGCUCCGCUUCGCCCCCAACGGGCUGGUGGUCACCAGUGUCGACAUCCAGAGUGUGGAGCCCGUGGACCAGCGCACCCGCGACGCGCUGCAGCGCAGCGUCCAGCUGGCCAUUGAGAUCGCCACCAACUCCCAGGAGGCUGCUGCCAGGCACGAGGCGGAGCGGCUGGCACAGGAGGCCAGGGGACGCCUGGAGCGGCAGCGGCUGCUGGACCAGGCGGAGGCUGAGCGGACGCGCAGGGAGCUGCUGGAGCUGGAGGCCCUCAGCGCAGCCGUGGAGAGCGCGGGGGCCGCGCGGGCGGAGGCGCAGGCCCGGGCCGAGGCUGCGCGCAUCGAGGGGGAGGCGGCCAUCCUGCAGGCCAAGCUGAAGGCCGAGGCCAUCGCCAUAGAGACGGAGGCGGAGCUGGCGCGGCUGGAGCGGGUGCAGGCGCAGGAGGUGCGGGCGCAGCGGGCGCGGGCGGAGGCGGAGGCGGCGCGAGCGCAGGCGCUGGCGGACGUGGAGGCCUCGCGGGUGCGGGAAGUGGCGGCCGCCCUGGGGCCCGAGACCAUCCGGGACAUCGCCCGAGCCGGGCCCGAGCUGCAGGCUUGUGAAGAUUAGGAGCCCUGUGGUGGGACAGGAGGUGUCCUGCAGACACCUGCAGACAAGCUGUGUCCAGUUUUGGAGCCCCCAACAUAAGAAGGACAUGGAGCUCCUGGAAAGACCAGAGGAGGCCACGGAGAUGGAGCAGCUCUGCUCUGGAGAUAGGCUGAGAUGAGAAAGUUGAGGGUGUUCAGCCUGGAGAAGGGUCUGGGGAAACCUUAGAGCACCUUCCCCAGCCCAGGAAAGCUGGGGAGGGACUUUUCACCAGAGAGGGCAGUGAUAGGACAAGGGGGAAUGGAUGAAAACUGGAAGAGAAGAGAUUGAGGUUGGACAUUAGAAGGAAAUUCCUCACUGUGAGGGUGGUGAGACCCUGGCCCAGGUUGCCCAGGGAAGCUGUGGCUGCCCCAUCCCUGGAAGUGUUGAAGGGCAGGUUGGAUGGGGCUUGGAGCAACCUGGGCUGGUGGGAGCCCCUCAUGGAGGGGGGUUGGGACUGAAUGAGUUUUAAGGUUCCUUCCCACCCAAACCAGUCUGAUUCCAUGAAAAGUGACAUCAAACGUGAAGUGGAAGAAUUAAGUACCCAAGUGUGUGGCAUGAUGUGCAUCCAGGGCUCAUGCAGGACUUCUUCCAUUCUCUUUUGAAGCACACCCCAUGACCUACCAUCAAAACACAUUUGCAUAAAGGACUCAGAGUCAGAAAAUCGCAGGAUGGUGAAGGCUGGAAGGGGCCUUGAAGAUCAUCAGGUUCCAACCUCCCUGCUAUAAGCAGGGACACCUCCCACCAGACCAAGUUACACAAACCUCAUCCAAUCUGGCCUUGAAGAUCAUCAGGUUCCAACCUCCCUGCUAUAAGCAGGGACACCUCCCACCAGACCAAGUUGCACAAACGUCAUCCAAUCUGGCCUUGAACAUCUCCAGGGAUGGGGCAGCCACAACCUCUCUGGGCAACCAGUUCCAGUGCCUUCUUCCAGUGAAAUGGAACCACCUGGGAGAAGUUUGUGUUCACCUCCAAAAGCCAUCCAAGGUUUCAUUUGCAUGGGGUGAAGCUUUUGUCAGGAGGAGAAAGUCUGCAGGGUUGAAGAUGACACUACAGCUGAGGAAACAGAACCUCAUCUUGCCUGGCACCACACACUGGGGUGGUUUCCCUGGCACCUGUAGUGCCAGGAAUUACUGGUUUGCUUCUAGACUCUGGAGUGGACAGGGAGGUGGGCUGAAGACUGGCUGGUGGCAGAGCUCUGAGCUGUAGCAUGGGACCCAGCCAGAGGCCUGUAGCCAGUGGUGUCCCUCGGUGUCAGUGCUGGGUCCUGUCCUGUCAACAUCUUCAUCAGUGACCUGGAUGAAGGGACAGUGUCCUCUCAGCAGGUUCACUGGUGACACCAAACUGGGAGGGGUGGUGAAACCCCAGAGGGCUGUGCUGCCAUCCAGGGUGACCUGGACAGGCUGGAGACUUGGGCAUAGAAGAACCUCAUGAGGUGCAAUGUGGGGAAGUGUGGGGUCCUGCACCUGAGAAGGAACAACCCCCUGAAUCAUCACAGGCUGGGGGCUGACCUGCUGGAGAGCAGCUCUGUGGAGAAAGACCUUAGGAGUCCUAAUGAACACCAAGUUAUCCAUGAGCCAGUUAUGUGCCCUGGUGGCCAAGGUGGCCAAUGGCUUCCUGGGGUGCAUGAAGACGUGUGUCCAGCAGGUCGAGGGAGGUUUUCCACCCCUCUACUCUCCUCUGGUGAGGCCACAUCUGGAAUACUGUAGCCAGUUCUGGGCUCCCCAGUACAAGACAGAUUAGGAGCUACUGGAGAGAGCCUGGCAGAGGGCUACGAGGAUGAGGAGGGGACUAGAGCAUCUCUCUUAGGAGAAACAUGGGGCUGCUCAGCCUGGAGAAAAGACUGAGGGGGGAUCUUAUGAGUGCUUAUCAAUAUCUCCAGGGGUGUGUCAGGAGAAUUGGGCCAGGCUCCUCUCCAUGGUGCCUGAGCAAGAGGCACCAGCAGGAUGAUGGGCAACA